GUCUGAACCAAAAAUAUUUCUCUCCCUCUCAUUAGUAUGUUUUUCCACGGGGUUGAGCAUGCACUUUUGGAGAGCCAAUGUGUGCGCGCUUGCGCCCCUGGGGAUCUGCCGUCGGUGCUGGCGUCCAUUCGCUCGGUGUCAGGUGGAGACGAAGAAAACUUCUCCACUUCAUUUCUAGUUCUUCUUUUCCUUCUUUUCGUCUCUUCAAUACGAGUAAUAAUACGGAUAAAACUGCGGUGCGUUUUGGUGCGGUGCGGGAUUGUUUCAUAGGUGGAGAGAAAUAAACAUCUGGAUAAACUUGGAUGCAUCUGAAGUUGUCGUCAGUCCAAGCACACGGGACCGGAAGACAUCGGUGCAAUGCAGCGAGCACGAGACGCCAAGAGCUUUAGGGUUGUUCUCUGCCUCUGUCCCCCAGAACGCACUGAAAAGCGAGCAGAGCCGAGAGCCUCCAUCCGAGUUAUCGGGACGAACAGAGUGACUGUUGACACUGGCAGGGGUCAUCGGGCGCACGUCCUGGAUUUUGACGCUGUUUGGAAUGAAGGGACUUCGCCCCAAGAUAUCUAUGAGUCAACGACAAAGUCAUUGGUGGAGUAUGUGAUGAAGGGAUAUAAUGGAUGCGUCAUAUUGUACGGGCAAUUCACCAGCGGAGAGACACACCCAAUUCAAGUCUGCACUGCCAGACAGAGGGGCAUAAUCAGCCGUGCUGCUGAGGACAUCUUCAAUUCUCCUGAAGCUUCUCACUGCAGAAUCAGAGUGUCCUCUUAUCACAUCUCCAAUGAAAAGAUUUAUGACUUGUUGGAGCCUCAGGUAAGUGAGGUGUGCCGUUUCCAUGACACUGAAGAAGCAGUGCUUCUGGAGGGGCUGAGAGAGCUGGAGGUCGGCUCUGCUCAGGAAUUGUUGGAUGUGUACAACAGUGGGAUCGCCCACAGGAAUGCAGGUGUCUCCAGGGGAGAUUUUGCCAGCAAGUCUCACAUGGUGUUGAACAUUAUGGUCAUAAACAUGAGAGGCAAGUUGGAUAAAGAAGGAGUUCUGACAGCCAGCAAACUAACUCUGGUGGAUCUCGCAAGUUCAGGCAAACCUGCAUGUAACACUUCUGCAGUUUUGGAUAUAAGAAGAAGUUUCCAUGUUGCCCAAGAAAACCUUCAGGAGGCCAAAACAAUCAAACGAUCCCUUACAAUAUUUCGGAAUGUGAUAUUUUCUCUGAGCAACCCAGGCACUCAGCACAUUCCAUACAGAGAGUCCAAACUCACUCGGGUUCUGAGAGACUGUCUUGGAGGAAACUGUCGGACGUGUCUUGUGGUCACCAUGCCAUCCCGGUCGUCCUCCAUCACAGAGACUAUGAGCUGCCUUCAGUUUGCUGCACAGGCUUUGAAUGUACCAUCACGGACCAUACAUACCUCACAGAUACGCUACUCGCCUUCUCAGAUGCAAAGUAUAUGGACAGCAGACAAGAACAGCCUUCUUCUACCUAGAACACAAAUCCUUCCACCGGUCAGUGCUGAUCGAAGAUCUCAGGCCUCUUUGCCAUCCAUUGUGAGCAGUCCAGGACCUCUAUCUCAACUCAAACCCAAACGCAGCCUGGAGAUUUCUGAAAGCUGCUCCUUUUUGCCUCACCUAGAGAAAUCCAGACCACCAGAAUCAAGUGGAUAUCACAGCUGUGGCUCUCGGAUUACAGACGAAAAGAGUGGUGCAGUCGAUGUUCGUGUCAUGAAAAGUGCCAUCCCACUCUCCCGAUGUGGGUCCGUUUUUGUGGAACCUCUACAUCGUCACUCUGCUGAGAAACCUUUAUCCUCACAUGGCUCCUCGUCUAUCCCUCCACUUCUCCCUGAGUGCUCCAACUGCAAACAGGAACGAAAGAUCAGGGAGGAGUACGACAAAUUUAUCAUUCAGGUGAAAAGAGAUCGAGACAGCCUGAGCCAGAGAGUGACAGAGCUAGAGAAAGAGCUGAAGAACAGAGGAGGAGAGCAGAUCGAGAGCAGAAAGGUGGAAAAAGACAAGCGAGGAGAAGAGCGAGACGUUGAAAGACAGGAGACACCAACUGGAAGUAACGAAACAGAGAAUGAAAGGAAGACUGACGGCAAAGUGAGAAAGAUCACCAGAGAGGGCGGUGAAGGAGAAAUAGGCAAAGAGAAAAGUGAAAAAGAGGAGAACGAUAUCAGAAGACACUACAGAGGGACCAAACGAGAGGAAGAGAGUGAGAGGAGAGAGAAAAGUGAGGGAGAAAAAGAGAAUGACUCAGCUGGAAAGGAAUCUAUCUAUCCCACACAUGGAGCAACAGAAGUGCCAAAAAACACUGAGGAGAGCCUUGGGUCUGACCUGCACAGCCUCAGAAAGGAGAAUGAAGGAUCGAGGAAGAGUGUGGAUCUGUCUAUCACACAGCUGCACAAAGAGAAGGCUGAGCUUCUCUCUCACAUAGAGGAUACCAAGAGCUGCUACGAAAAAGUUUGUUUAGAAAAUGCAGAACUAAAAGCAAGACUUGAGGUCCUCUUGAGAGAAGUUAACUCCAGACCAUGCUCUGGAUGCAACGGCAACACGGAGACACAUGACUCACACACACACACCAAUGCACACGACUUAAACAUAGACUCACACACACACACGGUCACCACUAACACGGAAAUGCUUGUUGUGUCACACAGUGUUUGUCAACGGUGCACCAGAGAGCCUCACCAAGAUAAAGGGAAUAAGUGUUGCUUUAGCCCCUGUUCUGGCUUCCAAGAGACAUCUGAAACACCUGAGCCGAAUUUACACACCUGCCGCUGUGAACCAACAAUACACAAACCCAACCUCUACAAACAGCUACGGAGGGAGCACAGCCUGUUGCUGGACGUGAUGUUGGUGCUAUACAAAAGAGCAUGGUUCCUGCAGGAUGCCAUGCCUUAUGUCAGACGCACGCUCAAAAAAUGUGGCCUCACUCUGGAUGACUCGGACUAAAGGGUGUUUUCUGUGAUGGUGGUGGGGGAACGCGGUCAAAUGUGUGUCAUAAAACAUUUUUUUUUCAGUGCUGCUUAUGAUACUAUAACUGAUGAGGAUAAUUAAUGCUUAAUGAUUAACACUUUUUUUAUAUAUAAGAUAUUGGUGUUACAGAUAUUGGUGGCAAACACACAGCUGUGAAAGUUCCUCUGGGAUUGCUUUUGGCUCUAUCCUCUAUUAAUUAAAUGCUAUUUUUGGGUGAUAUAUCUUCCUUUUUCUGCUCCAAAGAAAAAGCUACAGAGACUUUCCCAUGUGUUUCUAACUGUUUGUCUUGAUUACCAUAAUCUGUUUUUUUAUUGAAAUUCCAGCAAAAAGCCUCACACAGUGUUUCUCCUUUAUACUGUAGAAAAGCUUUUUUUUUUGGUCUGUAUUGUGAACUAUAAAUACAUAUAUACACGUUUAGGAGACAAAUUAAGUAACAGCAUUAAUUACAUCUUCUUUCAGCUGCUCUCAUUAGGGGUCGCCACAGAGGAUCAUCUGUCUCCAUACCCCCCUGUCCUCUACAUCUGCCUCUUUUAAACCAUCUACCUGAAAUCUUCCCUCACCACAUCC